AUGACUUCCAAGGAGGAUAUCAAGCCCAAGGAGGACGAGUUCUCCAUCAAGCCAACUGCUGUCACUCCAUCUGUUGACACGAGCACAUGGCCACUGCUUCUGAAGAACUAUGACAAGCUUCUUGUUCGAACGGGACAUUUCACUCCCAUUCCCAAUGGUAGUUCGCCUUUGACACGAGACCUUAAAUCCUAUAUUAGCUCCGGUGUUAUCAAUCUCGACAAACCCUCGAACCCUUCCAGUCACGAGGUCGUUGCUUGGGUCAAGAGAAUCUUACGUGUCGAAAAGACUGGUCACAGUGGAACGCUCGACCCCAAGGUCACGGGUUGCUUAAUUGUCUGCGUUGACCGUGCCACUCGACUUGUCAAGUCCCAGCAAGGUGCUGGAAAGGAAUACGUUGCCGUCAUUCGUCUACACGACAAGCUCCCUGGCGGUGAAGCACAGUUCUCCCGAGCACUUGAGACCUUGACUGGUGCUCUCUUCCAGCGGCCCCCUCUAAUCUCUGCCGUUAAGCGACAGCUUCGUAUCCGAACCAUUCACGAGAGCCGAGUCAUUGAGUUCGACAACGACAGACAUCUCGGAAUUUUCUGGGUCAGCUGCGAGGCGGGCACUUAUAUUCGAACGCUAUGUGUGCACAUGGGUCUCCUUCUUGGUGUAGGUGCACACAUGCAAGAGCUGCGACGUGUACGAAGUGGUGCUAUGGAUGAGACCAAAGAUCUUGUGACGCUCCAUGAUGUCCUGGACGCGCAAUGGAUGAUGGACAACACUCGAGACGAAUCCUACUUGCGCAAGGUUAUUUCGCCUCUAGAAACUCUCCUUACAUCAUACAAGAGAAUUGUUGUCAAGGACAGCACUGUCAAUGCCAUCUGCUACGGUGCUAAACUCAUGAUUCCUGGCUUGUUGCGAUACGAGAGCGGUAUUGAGAUACACGAAGAAGUUGUCUUGAUGACCACCAAGGGCGAAGCCAUUGCUCUUGGAAUUGCCAUGAUGUCCACUGUAGAGAUGUCAUCUUGUGAUCACGGCGUGGUGGCAAAAGUAAAGCGAUGUAUCAUGGAACGAGACCUGUACCCUCGUAGAUGGGGUCUGGGCCCUACUGCCGUUGAGAAGAAAAAGAUGAAGGCAUCUGGAAAGUUAGACAAAUAUGGACGGGCAAACGAAGCAACCCCCGCCAAGUGGACUGCCGAGUACAAGGACUUCCAUGCUCCGGCACCGUCAUCCGCCACGGGCGCAGCAGCAGCAACAGCACCAGCUGCUGAUGUGUCCAUGACAGAAGCUCCUGCAGCUGCCGCUCAAGAAGCUGCCCCUACAUCGGCACCCGUCGAGGCUGACGAUAAUAAGAAGAAGCGUAAGAAGCCUGAUGGUGAAGCAUCAGAAGACAAAGCUGAGCGCAGAAAGAGAAAGGCCGAGAAGAAGGCAGCCAAAGAGGCCAAGCGCGCCUCACUAGGAAAGAAAGACGAUUCGGACUCUGACUAA